AUGCAUCGGAUUGUCAUGCUGGCAUUUCGGCUGUCACUUCUGGUCAAUCUCGUGUUGCUAACAAUUGCUGGUGUUUCGAGAGGAAACAGACGGUACCCAUGGAGUGCCAUUGCCAAAGUGAUCGGUGCUGGGCGACAUCGCAAACCCCAACACAGAGGCAUUCCGUUACUGGAACAGCCAAAUCUGAGCUCUGAUCGGACCAGUAAGGAUACAGGACAAAAAGAGAGACAAGAAGCAUUCGCCAUCACCAAGAAAUCUCAUUUAAAGAAAGACUGGUGCAAAACAGAGCCUUUUAAAUACACCAUCAGAGAACGCGGCUGUUUGGCUAAAACCAUCAUGAAUAGGUUUUGCUAUGGCCAGUGUAACUCUUUCUUUAUUCCAAAUAUGGACAGGCCUUCGCGCGGGCCGGCAGCAUUUCAAACAUGCUCGUUUUGUGCUCCAAAGAAAACAGUGCGAUUGCGGUUGUUACUAAGAUGUCCUGGUCGACCUUCAGGAGUGAAACGGAAACGGAUCGCCUGGGUGAGGGAGUGCCAGUGUAUGGUGAAGUGA